GUACCCGAGACGGGCCUCCGGCACCGCCCCCGCCGCGGCGCACGCCGGGAGAGCCGACUUACCCCUCCCUGCAGUAAACGGGCGAGAGGGAGGGCAUUUCCGGUAUUCUGACUCUUUUUACGGAAGGGGUGGGGCUCUCCUGAUCCCGCCCCUCACGCCGGCGGGGGCGUGACGAAGAGUGAUAGCCCCUCCCAUCGACCGGCCCCUGCACCGGAAGGAGAAAGGCAGGGGAGUCUAUCUGGCGGUGGGCGCGCGGUCACGUGACGCAACUGCCUGCGUCGGGGGGACGGGUCAUCCCUCCAUCUCCUCGGGUCACGAGUGACAGGAAGUGGCUCCUGCAACGGAGUUUUCGAGAUGGGGACCUCCCUGGACAUUAAGAUUAAAAGAGCGAACAAGGUUUAUCAUGCAGGGGAAAUGCUCUCGGGUGUGGUGGUCAUAUGCGGGAAGGAUUCUGUCCAGCACCAGGGCGUCUCUCUGACCGUGGAAGGAACCGUGAACCUCCAGCUCAGUGCCAAGAGUGUGGGUGUGUUCGAAGCUUUCUACAACUCGGUGAAGUACACCCUGCGCUGUGACAUGAAACGGUCUCUGCUGGCCAAGGACUUGACGAAGACCUGCGAGUUCAUCGUGCACUCUGCGCCUCAGAAGGGGAAACUGACUCCGAGUCCCGUGGACUUCACCAUAACCCCUGAAACCUUGCAGAAUGUCAAAGAGAGAGCUUUGCUUCCCAAAUUUCUCAUCAGAGGACAUCUGAACUCGACCAACUGCGUCAUCACACAGCCACUCACGGGAGAGCUGGUGGUGGAGAGCUCAGAGGCAGCUGUCAAGAGCAUAGAGCUGCAGCUGGUCCGCGUGGAGACCUGUGGGUGCGCAGAAGGGUAUGCCCGCGAUGCCACAGAGAUUCAGAACAUUCAGAUUGCCGAUGGCGAUGUUUGCCGGAGCCUCUCAGUCCCAAUAUACAUGGUCUUCCCCCGGCUGUUCACCUGCCCUACACUGGAGACCACCAACUUCAAAGUGGAAUUUGAGGUUAACAUCGUUGUGCUGCUUCACGGCGACCACCUCAUCACGGAGAACUUCCCGCUGAAGCUCUGCAGGAUGUAGCCCAGGAGGGAGCCCUGGAGGGAGCCUCAGGUGGAGGUGCAGCUGCAGGCACCCUUCCCGGGAGCUGCCUGCACAGACCACCUUUCUCAGUGACUGCACCAGACAUGGGCCUGGCCCUCAGAUCACAGUCACCUUCCUCCUCGUUUCCUCGAGACUCCUGCUCCCGGCAGGCACCUCUCUUCAGACCUUUUCCUCGAAAUUCAUCGGGAUUUCCUAAUGUUGGCAAGAUCAUUUCAGAAAGCAAAAUUUCUUACGCUUCCCGGCUGCUCUUUAGGAGCGGACACUUGUAACAGCAGUUUGAGCCUUGCUGGAAAGUGGGGUCCUGGGGACAGCAGGGAGCUCCUUGCUGGUGGCGCCUGCAGAUGCCCGAUGCCCGAUGCCCUCCGAGGAGGAGUGUCCAGUGGCCUCCACUGCAGGUAUGGGGCAUUUAUUCCAUUCUGCUCUGUGGCUCUCUUGCAUUUUCAUGAUAACUUUAAAACUUUUAGAAAACUGGAAGAGCGUCCCAUAGGAGUGAGGCGAUUUGGUGACAACAGCUGAAGUAUUUCUGAAGUCUCAGGACCUGGUGUAAAAUCAUGUGCCGCCAUAUUCCCAGAAUGCACUUCAGUGCCAGCUUAUGUCAUGGGGCACAAAUGUCCGUGCCUAGUGUUGGGUGGGUUCCCGUCAGUAGAAGGCUCAUACCCAGGAUGGUAGGUGAAGACCUGUCUACACUGGCCAGUGCAGGACAGUGCCCUGGACUUGAUGAACUUGGCUUCUCUCCAACCCACCAGGGACCUGUGUUCCAGCCAGGGUCCGUGCCGGAAGCCACGUUCUCCUUAGCCCCUCCCCCUUUGUGGUUCACUGUGUGUGGUGAGCCUGUUACAGCCCAUUUCUUCCUUCCAGUCCUGCCAUUGCCAUUGGUCCAGUUAACACGUCCUCAGAAAUAAGCCCUGUGCUUUGCGUGCUACCUGGCCUUCCCUGCCAGUCUCUGCCUGGACUGGCUUGGGCAAGGCUUGCUCAGGCUGAUGGCCAUCGUCCCCGGACAGUGUCUGGUGGUGUGAGGCUGGGGGCAAACAGCCCACUCAGGCAGGGCUUCAUCCCAGGGCUUCACCAGGGAAAGGGAGACGGCUUACUCAGUCAUUGAGAGGUUGGUUCCCACAGGACCCACCCUAGUUCAUAGAUCUCUUCAUGCUCACGUGACAUGAACAAGGACCUGCUUUUGAUGUUUUCAACGUAGCAGAAAAAGAGGCUGUGCUUUUUGGGACAUUUCAAAGGUAGAGAUAAUUUUUAAUGAAGAAAACUAAAUGAGAAUUUUGAUAAGUGGUUUGAGAUGUGUAUUGCUAUAUAAUUUCUUUAUUAAACCCAUUUUGUGGAUAUAUAAA